AUGGCGCCGACGACUAAAAUUCUGAGCCACGGCUCACGAUUGGUUGAAAAGCUGAAGACAUACUGGUUUGGCAAGAAGAUCGAAGAGCCGCCUGCGAUCUCAAUACGAACCGCUUUUCUCUGUGCAGUCCUUUUCACGGUUUUCUACAUCGCGCCGUUCUACAUAUCGUCUACGCUGCGAACGAGUCCACUGUCUUCACGUGAUGCACCUGCCGUCAUCCAGGGACGAAUCCGCGCUGUAGGUCUGAGUUGCUUGGCCUCAAGCUUAGUCGCAGUUUACAUCAUCGUCCAUUUUGGCCAUGCCGGAGUCUACGACGUCCUCCGUCUGCUCGGUCUCUGGCCCAUCGACCCUCUGGACAUCUUAAAGGCCCUGGCUUUAGUCAGCAUUCUCUUCGCCGGACCACUAUACGAAACUAUCGUUGUCGACGGUGGUUGGCGAGCAUUCAAUUUCCGCGGCCUGAAGACCACCUUUUUCGAUUCAUGGAUUGCCUUCCGCAACAACUUCAUUUCACCAAUCAGUGAAGAACUUGUCUUCCGCUCUUUGGUGAUCUCGCUCUACCUGCUUGCUAAGGUUGCCCCGAGUCGGAUCGUGUUCACAACACCUCUCAUAUUCGGUCUCGCGCACGUGCACCAUUUCGUAGAGUUCGUGCAGUCGCGCUUGGCGAUGAACCGACCGGGAUCGACCGGCCGCAUCGUUCUCAUGGGCGUCGUCAGAAGCUUGUUCAUGCUCACGUACACAAGCCUGUUUGGAUUCUUCGCGGCGUUCGUUCAUUUGCGAACUGGCAAUCUUCUUGCUGCCAUAAUUACCCAUAUGUUCUGUAACGUCAUGGGUCUUCCACGCCUUUGGGGAAAGGUCGGCCAGGAUCAGGAUUUCAGAAAAUUGACUCCAGACGUGGCUCAGGGGAAGCGUGACGACACGUUGGAGGCGCAAUCCAGGAGCGAAGCUGGUAUUGAGAUGAUGAGUGUCCACGGCGGAUCCGGGCCCAACAAGAUUUCGCGCGAUUUGGGCGUUCAAUGGACCAUCGUGUAUUAUGUCUUGUUGUUUGCGGGCGCCUACGGGUUCUAUCGCGAACUGUGGGUAUUGACCGAGAGUAAGAAUGCGCUCGCCACUUACUGGAAGUUUGUCUAG